UUUCUCAUAUUGGAAAGCUGAAAGAUUUUCUUCUGCAACACAGAAAAGAUUACAUUAAUGCUUACAGCCAUAUUAUGUCUGAGUAUGUGAGGAUGACGGAUACAGAGCGCGAUCAAAUAGAUCAAGAUGCUCAGAUUUUUAUGAGGACGUGUGCUGAUGCCAUCCAUCAGCUGAGAACAGAAGCACACAAGGGUGUCCAGUCUGCUCAGGUAAAGGAGCACAGAACAGCUGUCUUGGACUUCAUUGAAGAUUACUUAAAAAGAGUGUGCAAGCUGUAUUCUGAACAAAGAGCCAUCCGAGUUAAGCGAGUGAUAGAUAAGAAGAGACUGUCCAGGCUUGAACCUGAGCAGAGCAACGUGUCCAAAUCGCCUCUUUCCCCUGAAAAAUCUUCACAGAAUCCUUUAGAUGAUUCUGAAGAAAAACUUUCUGCUGAGGAAAGCAAAGACAGGAAUCUGCCUGAUGCCCAGAGUAACCUUGGAUUAUGGGGGGACAGCAAAGGUGAAGAUGAGCUGUCACCUGAAGAAAUACAAAUGUUUGAACAGGAGAACCAGCGACUUGUCGGGGAAAUGAAUAAUCUCUUCGAUGAAGUCAGACAAAUCGAAGGAAAAGUGGUGGAAAUCUCCCGAUUACAAGAGAUAUUCACUGAAAAAGUCUUGCAACAGGAAACAGAUAUUGACAAUAUCCAUCAGUUAGUUGUGGGUGCAACAGAGAAUAUCAAAGAAGGCAACGAAGACAUAAGAGAGGCCAUCAAAAACAAUGCUGGAUUUCGAGUGUGGAUCCUCUUCUUCCUUGUGAUGUGUUCAUUCUCCUUGCUUUUCCUGGACUGGUACGAUAAUUAACUAAAGAUGUAAUACUGUCCACGCGCCUUGUUUGUAAAACGUCUGACUCUUCUGCAGGGGAGCCGGGCGGGUGGCACACCGCCCUGUUUGACACAGUUUUGCAUACCGCUAUGAUGGAAAUAUUUUCCACUAAGUAAGCGUGUGUAUCUGUCCGUUAGUGCGGAGGGAGCUGACAGCGUUCAUUUUAAAUCCCUUUACCGAACAUAAACCCACUCUUAAUCCCGCAAAGAACAUGGAAACCUUUGAAAGAGCUGGAAAAAGCUACAAGCUGGAGCAGAGCUACCAGAAGAAAAAAAAACGAUAAUGGUUUUAUCAUCGUCACCCCCGCCUCCGUGAUGCCUGAAGUCAGCUCCCGGCACGCAGGCCAGAUCAGGAGAAAACUGUUACUGGGCAAAAGCACCUACGCUGUCCCAGGCUUUCCUGAGCCCUACCACGGCAGUACACGGCGCCCACUUUGCACAUGGGUGACCUCAAUUUCUAACCCUCUGAAACCGCUCGAGUCGGCCAUCAGCUUGGUUUAGUAGUCGUCAUAAUGAUAAAAAGUCAACUGAGGAGCUUUACUUCUAGGUGAAAAGAGAGACCACAGCACAGACAGUUGUGCAGUGGAACUCGCGUUCCGGGAUGCCAGAACAAAGGACAGACAAUUCUAAAGCCAGACUUUUUAAAGUGCUAAAAUUGGGAGCAAUUUU